AUGGAGACUCCUCUUUAUCCUCCCUCGGGACCGGACGCCAGAGCCACGUGGGGCAAUACCGUAAUAGGAGGCAAUGCUCAAGUCCACCAGGGCAAUGUCUAUUCGAGCGGGGUCAAUCAGAAGGAGCAAUGCUGGGUAGAUCUCCGCGUGCUUGACCCGCGGGAUGACAUGGAGAGGAUCGAAGGGAACAAGGAUAAGCUACUCGACGAGGCUUAUCGCUGGGUCUUCUCCACUCCAGAAUAUUCCCACUUCACGACUUGGGAUAGUGACGGCGCCCUACACCUCCCGCGGAACCGAUUGCUUUGGAUCAAGGGCCAUGCAGGCACGGGGAAGACAAUGCUUAUGAUCGGCACCAUCCGUAGCCUGUCAAAUCUAGCACCCGGGUCUCGCUUUCCAGACAUCUCAUUCUUCUUCUUCCAGGGCACCAGCAAGGUCUUAAGCAGCGCCGUGUCCGCCCUCAGGUCCCUGAUCUGGCUUCUGGCCGUUAAGCAGCCACAACUCUUCUCACACGUGCUUGAACAGUACCAAUAUUCAGGUGCCCGUCUCUUUACUGAUCAUAAUGCCUUCUCCGCAUUAUCCAAGAUCUUUCAGAAUAUGCUCAGGGACCCAAGACUGUCGCCCGUCUACUUUGCUCUCGACGCCAUUGACGAGUGUGCAGAAGGACAGGUAGAACUAAUACAGCUUAUCUUGACAACCUUUACCUUGACCCACAAGGUGAAAUGGCUGAUUUCUGGACGCCCAGAGGUGGACUUGUCUUAUGAGUUCCAACUACUUAAUUCGGGCCGCUCGAACCCUUCCGAAACAUUGCUUGAGCUUAAUUCUCAGCGAUUGGGUGACCCCGUGAGCGCAUACAUCCAAUACAAGCUCGAGGCCUUUAGGAAUAGGAGAGGUUAUACUGCUAGCAUCUUGGCCGAAAUAUCGCGCGAGGUCAACCUGCGGUCUGAGAACACCUUCCUGUGGGUUUCCCUCGCCUUUCGAGACCUCGAGAGGGUAUAUGGGGGUUACGCCGUAGAACGCAUUCGCAAAAUGCCGAGUGGUUUAUCAGAAUUAUAUGACCACAUGAUGACACGGAUCCAGGCCGGUAGUUUUAUGCAACCCGAGGACUGCAUGAGGGUGUUGGAGGCCGCGUUUCUCGCCUUUCGCCCGCUUUCCCUCCCGGAGCUUUCUCUACUGACCGACCUACCAACCAAUAUGGCGAAAGAGGCCACCGAAAAAUGCGGCUCGUUUCUUACGAUAACGGGAGAUAUUGUAAAUUUGAUCCAUUUGUCGGCAAAGGAGUAUUUGGAGCGGAUCUAUUCGAUAGAUCUUGCAGGAAAGCAUGCGGCCAUGGGUCGGCGAUCGCUUGAGGCUAUGUCCUCGAGACUGAUCUUUAACAUGUAUAAGCUUAGCAUGGACUCCUCACCAGUAUCAUUGUCGCCUCCGGACCCAGAUCCCUUGACACCGCUGCGAUACCCUUGUGAAUUCUGGGCCGAUCAUCUUUGUUUUCCUAGCAACGAGGCCCUCCAAAAUAAUCCCAACCUAGCGGAUGGCGGCGUCGUCUGGGGCUUCCUAACGGAGCAUCUGCUCCAAUGGUUAGAAAGCCUGUCUCUCCAGAGUAAGGUCUCGAAAGGUGCACAAAUAUUAGAAAGGCUGAGCCAGGCUACGGAGCCCAUCAUCUCCCCUCGCCUUUGCAGGCUAUUGUCGGACGCCCUCAAAUUUCUCGGUAUUCAUGGAUCGAUUAUCGAGAAAGCUCCGUUGCAAGUUUACGGCUCUGCGCUAGUUUUUAGCCCCGACUCGAGUGAGGUUAGGAAGAUGUGCUGGGAGAGCAGAUUACCCGUCAUCAGGAAGGUUGUUGGCGACGUCUCGCAGAUAGCCUUCUCACCCGACAGCAAGUCUCUCAGGGCAUUUUGUAACACGAAUUUCCCCGAGACCCACACCAAGAUUGCGUUCUGCGAUAUCGAGACUGGCAGCAUCAUUAAAAGUGUCUUGGCGUUCGGUCAUAAGGCCGUUAGAAUGGCCUUGUGGCCAGAUGGAAAGACGCUUGCGUCGGCUAGUUCUUAUGGGCAUAUCAAGCUUUGGGAUACCAUGACGUAUGAUUACCGAGAUAUCCGACAUGAGAAAGGAGUUAUAUUCAGCACGGUGGCGUUCUCGCCUGACGGCAAAACGCUCGCCUGCGCUUCAAAUCACUCUCUUCUUCUUCGGGAUACUGCCACAGGUCUGUCGCUGGGCGAGCUUCCGGGGUUCCCCGACACGACGGCCAUCGCUUUCUCGCCGGAUGGUAAGAUUCUUGCGUCAGCUGCAGACGAAACAACAUGGGUCUGGGAUGUGGCGACGGGUGCGAAUCGAACGCAGCCACCCGUUCGAAAAAUUAUCUUCUCCUCCGAUGGAAAGAUGGCUGCCUCGACGUCUGAUGAUACGAAUGUUCAACUCUGGGAUGUAAGCACGGGUGAAUUGAGGCAAACUCUGAGGGGGCAUCGCACCGACGUCGUCAGCUGUACGUUCUCACCUGAUGGUAAGAUGUUGGCAUCAGUUUCGAGUGAUCGUGUCCUCUACCUCUGGGAUGCAGCUACAGGGCUUCCCCGACGUAGGCCCAAUGGCGAUGACUGCUUCUCCUCUGCUUGGGUUGAGUAUGACGAUCGUGAUGACGACGACUUUAGUUUAAAUAGAAUCGUCGGUGGCCCUCCGCAUACCUUUUCUCUGGAUAGCGCAAAACUUGCGUGCGCUUCAGACGGGUUAAUCGAUCUCUGGAAUAUAACUAGCGAGGAGCUCCGGCAGAUACCGGUGGGAGAUACAAAGGUCAUCGCCGCAAUGGCUUUCUCGCCUGAUGGGAGGAUGAUUGUAUCGAUGACGAGAAAGGGACAUAUCUCGCUUUGGGACGUGGCUACAGGAACCCUUCUGCGGACCACUGGUUGCAUCGAGCUCUCUAUACUCCUCGACUAUCCGGGUCUGGGAUGCGAUUAUGGGCACACUCAUACAGACGACGAAGGUCCCGGGUCUCUCCUCUCGUAA